GUGGUUCAGUGCCAGGGGGCGGGGCUUCAGUCUGAGAACUGAGCCGGAGGUGUGGCUUAACCGGACGCCCGGAGCGUGUCGCGGGGUUCCCGCAGAAGAAGCGGGCAUUCAGAGCGCAGGCGCACCUGGCUCAGUUCACCCACCGGAAGCGGCCCGGGCUUUCACCGCUCGCGUCCCCGAGUCAGUGCGCAAGCGCAUUUCCUCCCUCCUGGUCUCCGCCACCGCCUCCUCUUUCCGAUCCUCCACGCCGGCGCCUCGGGAACGGGCGCGACUUCCGCUUCCGGGCGGGCGGGCAGGCGGGCGGCGCGGGGCUGCCGGGGAGGGGGAGGGGGCGGCACUUCCGGUCGGGCCCUCGGGUCUCCCCGGAGCGGCGGCGCCUCCUCCGCCUCCUCGGCCUCCUCCCGGCGGAGACCCCGGCGCCGGCAUUCAUUCUGUGUUGAACGCAUAUUCACUAUUCUAGCUGAAGAGUGUAUACAGCCAUGAAGGGGAGCAAUACACACAGUCUUCUCACUGUGCGAGGUCUCACAGUCUAGUUGAUCAGACACGCGUCAAAAAAGAUACACGGGGUUUUGUGGGUUCUCUGAGAGUCUGAUGAACUACUUUAGAGGUGAAACCUGAAUUAUAAGAGGCAGCUUAGCCAUGCAGAGACCUGGGUGAGCAGGCAGUAAGAACAGCAAGUGCAAAGGCCCUGAAGUGGCGGCGAGCAUGGUGAGUGGAGGAACAGCAGGGGAGGCCGGUGAGGGUGGAGUGGGAGAUUCGAAGGGAAGAACAAGAGGAAGGAAGCUUUGGUCUCAAAAGGCUUUGGAGGUGAGGGCACUGGGAUAAAUUAUCUAGCCUUUGUCAGCUCUACCGAGCCCAGAAUGUUCUUCAUUCAUUCAUACGUUCAUUCGUAAACACUUGUUGAACAGCUGUUUAAUGAGCACCUACUUUACAUUGGGGGUACAACAGAGAACAAAAUAGACAAGAAUCCCUGACCUCAUGGAGUGGACAUGCUAGUUGAGGGGGCAGAUGAUUAAAAAACAAAAUACAGGCCAGGUGAGGUGGCUCAUGCCUGUAAUCCCAGCAGUUGGGAAGGCCAAAGUGGGAGGAUCGCUGGAGGCCAGGAGUUCAAGACCAACCCUGGCAACAUAGUGAGACCCUGUCUUUACAGGAAAAAAAAAAAAAAAAAAAAAAAGCUGGGUGUGGUUGGUGUGCACCUGUAGUCCCAGCUAUUCAGGAGGCUGAGGUGGGAGGAGUGCUUGGGCCCAGGAGUUCGAGGCUGCAGUGAAAAAACAUAAAAACCAAGAGUAUAUAUGCGUGUUCAGAAUAUCAUGGGAUAAAGAGAUAGAGCUGGGGGGGCUGUGGUUCAGGAUGGCCUCCCCCAGGAUUUUCCUAUGUCUUGUCAUCUUGUCCCUCCCAAAAGCCACAUACCAAAAAGUUAUACAAGAGUAAAAAUUCCCCUUCUCAUGGACAACUGUGGCCCACUGGGGGGCUGCUCUUAACAGCGCCCCAACCCCAGGAGUGAAGUGAUUAGGAGGAUGAGCUCUGGAUUCUACUAGGGUUCACAGCUUUGAGCAAAUCACUCCCUUCUUUCCUAGCCUCAUUCAUUCACUUCUUCAAACAAAAAUGUAUCAAGCCAGGAACUGUUAUAGGUCCUGGGGAUGGAACAGUGAGCAAGAGAUAAAAAUCCUUGCCUUCAGGAAGCCGAUCAUCUGGAUGGGGAGACCAGCAAAAUCAAGGCAAAGAAGUAGACUAUGUGAGGUUAUAAAUGAUGCUGAGCAGUAAGGAAAGAAAUGAAGCAGGCCUUGGUUAGGGAGAUCAGGAUGUGGGCCUGGGUGACAGGUCACUGGUUACUGAGAGGCUCAUUGAGAAGACAAUUGAGCAAAGAUGGGGAGGAGGUAAAGGGGUGAGCGAGAUGGUUGCCUGAGAGUCAGAGUAUUACAGGCAGCAGCAACAGCCAGUGCAAAGGCCCUGUGGCAGGAAUGGAGUGGGCAUAUUGGAAGAGCAGCCAGGAGACUGUGGAGGUCAUUGUAAGGACUGUGGCUUUUUUUUUUUUUGAAAAGGAGUUUCGCUCUCGUUGCCCAGGCUGGAGUACAAUGGUGUGAUCUUAGCUCACUGCAACCUCCGCCUCCCAGGUUCAAGUGAUUCUUCUGCCUCAGCCUCCGGAGUAGCUGGGAUUACAGGCAUGUGCCACCAUGCCCAGCUAAUUUUGUAUUUUUAGUAGAGACGGGGUUUCUCCGUGUUGGUCAGGCUGGUCUCAAACUCCCGACCUCAGGUGAUCCGCCUGCCUUGGCCUCCUAAAAUGCUGGGAUGACAGGCGUGAGCCACCGUGCCCAGCCAGGACUGUGGCUUUUGAAUGAGAUGGGGUUACUGUUUGGUUAUAGUCCUCCUGUCAGUAAAAUGGGAAUGAUACUAACACGUUUGUUGUGAAGUUUGAAUGAAACAAGCCACAUAAGGCACCUAAGCACAAUGCUUGUUAGAGGUCAACAAAUGUUGGUGACUUGUCCCGGUCUUGGGUCAAGCCAAGAGACUUGGGAUUCGGUGGCAGGGAGAUGGGUGGAGCAAUGCAUUUCCAGUAUAACGUGGGAUGGGGGAUCCUCCUUCAUUCUGGAGGGAGAAAUAUUGAAAGACAGCAUGUGAUGGGACUGUGGAGCCCUGCUGCCUUUCUUCAACCACUGGCCCUGCCACUAGUUAACAAUGUGACUUUGGAAGUUUGUUUGUUUUAUUUUUGAGAAACAGAGUCUAACUGUCACCCAGGCUGGAGUGCAGUAGCGUGAGCUCACUGCAACCUCUGCCUCCUGGGUUCAAGCAAUUAUCCCGCCUCAGCUUCUCAAGUAGCUGGGACUGCAGGUGUGCACCACCACACCCAGCUAAUUUUUGUAUUUUUAGUAGAGACGGGGUUUCACUAUAUAUUGGCCAGGCUGGUCUCGAUCGAACUCCUGACUAUAGUUGAUCCACCCACCUCGGCCUCCCAAAGUGCUGGCAUUACAGGCAUGAACCACCAUGCCUGGCCUGACUUUGGAACUUUAAUUUACCUCUCUGGCCCUCAGUCUCUUCCUUUGUAUUUCAGAGUCAAUAAUUGUAACCAUCUUCUAGGAUUACUGGGAGUAUUCGUUGAGCUAACACACAUCAGAGUUAGAGAGUGCUAGGCUGGUAGAAAGCACACAUCCAGUGUUAUAUGUCACGUUACGUUACUCUUAUUAACAAACCAGAAUUUCAUCACAAGGCAGCAUUGUUGCAGCAGAACGGCCCACAAUCUGGCAUCAGAAAGACCUGGAAUCAGUUACCUGCUUUCCUCUUUAUUGGCCAUAUGACCUUGGAGGAAUGCCUUCCCCAUACUGCUCCUCAGUUUCCCGGCUUAUAAGAUGGGCCCAGUAAUGGUACAGGACUAUGCCGCAUCCGGGCAAUGACAAAUAUCAAACUGGUCAAACAAUAAAUGUGAACCGUUAAUACACUCGCUGUGGGACUCCUGUCCCUUGGUGGUGGUGGUGGUGGUGAGCGGGGGGGUCCCUCCCCAUCAUGCUUCUCUCCGCAUAAAACCCUCCUAUGACAUCCCCUCUUAAAAAGAUAUCAGUUUAGGCUUGAGUUGUGUGAACGAGGGAAUGUCUCUGGUUUCCUAGUGGAAAUUAUCAUGAGGCUGACCAAUUCUGUCCACCACUGAUGUAUCCCCUUCAGCAUCUCCACACCCUGCCCUCAGUGCCCUCCUCAUAACAUCACUGUCCCCAGAAUUGCUUCUCCCAGGAAUCCCUGGGAUCAUUUAGCUCUAUUUCUGCUACAUGUCCCCCUCCGUUCCUCUGGGAGUUUGAUCAGCUUAGUCUCAUCGCUUCGUUCAUUCCACAAAUAUCAAGAUAGACAUUCACAGCUGUGCAUUUCCCUCUGAGCAUUGCUUUGGCUGCACCUCCUCCGCUUUGGUAUGUUGUGUUUUCAUUUUCAUUAAUUGCUAAGCAGUUUUUUUUUUGUUUUUUGUUUGUUUGUUUGAGAUGGAGUCGCGCUCUUGUCGCCCAGGCUGGAGUGCAGUGGCACGAUCUCAGCUCACUGCAACUUCCACCUCCCGAGUUCAAGCGAUUCUCUUGCCUCAGCCUCCCAAGUAGCUGGGAUUACAGGCGUCCACCACCAAGCCUGGCUAAUUUUUAUAAAUGUAGUAGAGACGGGGUUUCACCAUGUAGGCCAGGCUGGUCUCAAACUCCUAACCUCAGGUGAUCCUCCCGCCUCGGCCUCCCAAAGUGCCAGGAUUACAGGUGUGAGCCACCGCCUGGCCAGCACUGUCUAAUGUAUGAUUUCUUUGCGGACCCAUUGGUAACUUAGGAAGGUGGUGUUUCAUUUUCACAUAUCAGCAAAUAUUUGUCAAGCACCCACACUGUGCCAGGUGCUACACUAAGUGCUGGGGUCACAGGGGCGAGCAAGACAGGCCAAGUCCUUGCUUUCCUAGAGAGGGGCCAAACAGUAAACACACAGAAAAGGAAUAACAUGAGUUGGUGGCAAUAACUAUAAUGAAACACCUGCAGCUGGAUGAGGGGCUAGAGAGUGAUGGGGUGGGGAGUGCUGAGUAGAGACCCAAGGAGGCUCCAGAGGGAGCCUUGUUGAAAUCUGGGGGAGAACAUUGUAGGCAGAAGAGAAAGUAACCACCACCCUCUCCUACCAGGCCCCUUGUAUAGACACCCCUCACAACCCAGAAGACACCCCUAAAUAAAGCUCUUAUCCUGAUAGUUCUCCCCUCACCUUCCUUCACUCGGGGAACAGCCCAGUGAAACACUGCUCUGGGGGCAAGGGUGGGAAUGGGGUUCAAGCCCAUUGAUCCAGACUCUUACUCCAUGACUAUGGCAACUCACUUUGCCUCUCCGUGCCUUAGUUUUCUAAUUUAUCCAACGGCAGGAACACCUGCCCCUAUUUCUUAGCAUUGUGGGGAGUCAGUGAAUUAAUAUGUGUAACGUGCUUAGAACCGUGGCGGGCCUCUAGGAAAUGCCCAGUCAGUGACAGCUAUGAUUAACGUGUGCUCUAGUGGAGACAAGCUAGUCAGGGGCUUCUUUCCCCAAACACUCUUGCCCUCCCUCCCCAUGGCGCCCUAAAUCACCCCCUAUUCCCUGUAUCCUUAUGGCCUGUGUUUGCCUCCCUGGCCAGUCAGCCCCCUCCAGAGCUGUCUCCCCAACUUAGGUUCCGCCUACAGCCUUCCAGUUACCACCCCAGCCACGCCUGUCCUCUUUCCGGAGAUCAGAUUAAACGGAGGGGGUGUGAAGGGCACGGGAUGUUGAGUCUUGUCCAAGGACAAGGACACCCGGAGCUGGAGACUAAAAAUAUCUCACUCCAGGAUGGCGUUUGGGGUGGGGGUGGAAGAGACACCCCUCACCUGUGCGAGGAGAGAGCAGCCCGAUGGAUAGAGGAUAAAGGGUCCAGGCCUUGGUAGGAUCCCCCUUGAUCCCCACAGUGGGCUGGGCUUAGAGCCCAGCCUCCAUCAGGUAGGGAUGAUGGACAGGAAGCGGGUCAGACCUCACGGGCCCUUCACCCACUGACCCUCCACCCACUUGGUGGAGGUGCUUCCCCAGGCCAGCAAGUAGACUAAGAACUCAGAGAUCAGUUACGGGAGCUGAGGGUCUGGUGUGGUGUGGGGUACACACAUGGAUACCUGCCAUCUGGAAUGAAAAGUCGUGUAAAGGAGGUGCCAGAGAAUGAUGCCGCGGGUGGAGGGUCAGGAGAAGCCCUACUAAGGGCAAGGAUGUGGGGGGGGUCAGGAGAAGCCCCACUAAGGGCAAGGAUGUGGGGGGGUCAGAAGCCCCACUAAGGGCAAGGAUGUGGGGGGGGGUCAGGAGAAGCCCCACUAAGGGCAAGGAUGUGGGGGGGCGGUCAGGAGAAGCCCCACUAAGGGCAAGGAUGGAACUCAAGCUCCCUGCUUCUGUUGCUAGGCUUAGCCCAGGUGUGUGAUGUCAUGGAUGGUACAAAUAGCUCGGGGUUGAAUGCAUUCUGCUGAUGCAUGUGUUUCAUUACGUUCUGUUCCAACUCCCUUGAAUCUCCCUGCAGUAUAGGAGUCCCUCCCAUUUUAAACAUGGAGAAAGUGUGGAUCACAGUGGAAAUGGGAUUUGAACCCAGGUCUUUCCAAGCCCAGAGUCUGUGUUUGGAUUGUAUCAGACCACAUUCUGACUAUAUGCCAGCCCCCUUGCUGGAAUUUGUUUCUCCCAGGCAAGCAAAUUCUCCUGUCUACCGUCUAUUAAUAUUAAAAGAGUGCAUCCCCGCCAUACUGACUUUUUUCAGUUCUCUAGGCUUCUCCUGACUUCCCCAUUUCUACUACUAGUAGUAACAGUGAUAACAGUAUCAUAUCUUCUAUUUUUUAAUUUUAAUUUUUAGAGCCAAGGUCUUGCUCUGUCACCCAGGCUGGAGUACAGUGAUGUGAUCACAGCUCAUUGUAGCCUCCACCUCCUGGGCUCAAGCAGCUCUCCUACCUCGGCCUCCCAAAGUGCUGAGAUGACAGGUGUCAGCCACUGUGCCCAGUCCAUACCUUCUAUGUACUGAGUGCUUACAGAGUGCCAGGAACCGCCCCCCUAAGAGCCUUGCACAUAUGAGCGUGUUGAAUCCUCACAGUCCUGUGAGGUAGGCGUGUGCUUUGUCGUCCCCAGGUGUGGAUGAGGAAAUGGAGGCACAGAGAGGUUCAGUCACUUGCCCAUGGCCACACAGCUAGAAAGUGGCAGGGCUUACAUUUGAUUGUGGCCCCAGAGUCCUCCCUCCUAAUUACGCUGAUAGAAACUGUGGUUCUCCUUAUCAUUAUGCUCAUUUUAGGAUAAAACCUGAAGGGAUGAGAACGGAGGGCUGCGGGUGGGGUAGGGUGCAGGAGUAUGAGGAGACAGCAGAGGGCCUGAGAGGGUUUGGAAAGAAAACUGAGUCCAGAGGCCCCCAGGAUGCUUGGACAAUUGGAGUCUGAGAAGGAGAGAAAGUAGAGAGGGCCCAGGCCAGCGCGCAGGCUCACAUCUGUAAUCACCCAGCACUUUGGGAGGUGGAGGCUGGAGGAUCACCUGAGUGCAGGAGUUUGAGACCAGCCUGGGCAACAAAGCAAAACCCUGUUUCUACAAAUAAUAAAGUAGAGGUCUUGCAGGUGGUGUGGAGGAGAGGGUCUCCUCUACAAAGCUGUGUCAGGACCCCAGAAAAGAUGGGGAGAGAUGGAAGGAAUUAGAGAAGGAAAAGACAGAUGGGGAGGGUGGUGGGAGUUGAGAACACAGAGAGGGAAGGUGAAGGUGAGUAGGAGAGUCCUGGGGCCAGGGAGCGAAGAGGAAGGGCUGCCCUUUGGGGUGGACAGGCAGAGGGACUGGAAGCCGAAACCUGGAAGGCGAGGGGGUGUGAUCCGCACAAGGAUGGAUGAGUGGGCCCACAGCUCCAUUCACCUGCGGUGAGACCCAGCGCCGCGGCCGUGUCCUCAGCCCCGUCCUCCUCUUCACAGGGUCUCCCGUCUCCCACCCGCCGGAGAUGGAGGCGAACCCAGCGGGCAGCGGCGCCGGGGGUGGCGGGAGCAGCGGCAUCGGGGGUGAGGACGGGGUGCACUUCCAGAGCUACCCCUUCGACUUCCUGGAAUUCCUCAACCACCAGCGCUUCGAGCCCAUGGAACUGUAUGGGGAACACGCCAAGGCAGUGGCGGCCCUGCCCUGCGCCCCCGGCCCCCCACCGCAGCCCCCGCCGCAGCCCCCUCCCCCGCAGUAUGACUACCCGCCCCCGUCCACCUUCAAGCCCAAGGCAGAGGUGCCCUCCUCGUCCUCGUCCUCGUCCUCCUCUUCGUCCUCCUCGUCAUCUUCGUCCUCUUCCUCUUCCCAAGCCAAGAAGCCCGAUCCGCCCCUGCCGCCCGCCUUCGGGGCGCCCCCUCCCCCCCUCUUUGACGCUGCUUUCCCCACGCCGCAGUGGGGUAUCGUGGACCUCUCGGGACACCAGCACUUGUUUGGGAACCUGAAGCGAGGAGGGCCCGCGUCCGGGCCGGGGGUGACGCCUGGGCUGGGCGCUCCCGCGGGGGCCCCAGGGCCGCUUCCUGCCCCCUCGCAGACCCCGCCAGGGCCCCCCGCGGCGGCGGCCUGCGACCCCACCAAGGACGACAAGGGCUACUUCCGAAGACUGAAGUACCUGAUGGAGCGGCGCUUCCCCUGCGGCGUGUGCCAGAAGUCCUUCAAGCAGUCCUCGCACCUGGUGCAGCACAUGCUGGUGCACUCGGGGGAGAGGCCCUACGAAUGCGGCGUCUGCGGCCGCACCUACAACCACGUGUCCAGCCUCAUCCGCCACCGCCGCUGCCACAAGGACGUGCCACCGGCCGCGGGGGGUCCGCCCCAGCCCGGCCCCCAGCUCCCGCCGCUGGGCCUCCCAGCACCCGCCGCCAGCGCUGCCACCGCCGCCGCCCCCUCCACAGUGUCCUCGGGCCCUCCAGCCACGCCCGCGGCGCCCGCCCCCUCCGCAGACGGGAGCGCCGCCCCUGCUGGUGUUGGGGUGCCCCCUCCUGCCACCGGGGGCGGCGAUGGCCCGUUCGCCUGCCCACUCUGCUGGAAGGUUUUCAAGAAGCCCAGCCACCUCCACCAGCACCAGAUCAUCCACACGGGCGAGAAGCCCUUCUCCUGCUCCGUGUGCAGCAAGAGCUUCAACCGCAGGGAGAGUCUGAAGCGCCACGUGAAGACGCACUCGGCCGACCUCCUGCGCCUGCCCUGCGGCAUCUGCGGGAAGGCCUUCCGCGACGCCUCCUACCUCCUCAAGCACCAGGCGGCCCACGCGGGGGCGGGCGCCGGGGGGCCUCGGCCCGUGUACCCCUGUGACCUGUGCGGCAAGUCCUACUCGGCGCCGCAGAGCCUGCUCCGCCACAAGGCCGCCCACGCCCCGCCCGCUGCCGCUGCGGAGGCGCCCAAGGACGGGGCGGCCUCGGCCCCGCAGCCCCCGCCCACCUUCCCCCCUGGUCCGUACCUCCUGCCCCCCGACCCUCCCACCACGGACAGCGAGAAGGCGGCGGCGGCCGCGGCGGCGGUGGUGUACGGCGCCGUGCCCGUCCCGCUCCUGGGCGCCCACCCGCUGCUGCUCGGCGGCGCGGGGACCAGCGGGGCGGGAGGCUCCGGCGCCAGCGUCCCAGGAAAGACGUUCUGCUGCGGCAUCUGCGGGCGCGGCUUCGGGCGCCGCGAGACCCUGAAGCGCCACGAGCGCAUCCACACGGGCGAGAAGCCGCACCAGUGCCCCGUGUGCGGGAAACGCUUCCGCGAAUCCUUCCACUUAAGCAAGCAUCACGUGGUGCACACGCGCGAGCGGCCCUACAAGUGUGAGCUCUGCGGCAAGGUCUUCGGCUACCCGCAGAGCCUCACCCGCCACCGCCAGGUGCACCGGCUCCAGCUGCCCUGCGCCCUGGCCGGGGCAGCCGGCCUCCCCUCCACCCAGGGCGCACCGGGGGCCUGUGGGCCCGGGGCCUCGGGCACGUCUGCAGGGCCCACCGAUGGGCUGAGCUACGCCUGCUCGGACUGCGGCGAGCACUUCCCGGAUCUCUUUCACGUCAUGAGUCACAAGGAGGUCCACAUGGCAGAGAAGCCAUACGGCUGCGACGCCUGCGGCAAGACCUUCGGCUUCAUCGAGAACCUCAUGUGGCACAAGCUGGUCCACCAGGCCGCCCCCGAGCGCCUGCUCCCGCCCACACCCGGCGGCCCGCAGCCCCCGGACGGCUCCAGCGGCACGGAUGCGGCCAGCGUGCUGGACAACGGGCUGGCGGGGGAGGUGGGGGCGGCCGUGGCGGCACUGGCAGGGGUGUCUGGGGGUGAGGACGCAGGCGGGGCGGCGGUGGCAGGGGCUGGCGGGGGUGCCAGUUCCGGCCCCGAGCGCUUCAGCUGUGCCACGUGCGGCCAGAGUUUCAAGCACUUCCUGGGCCUCGUGACUCACAAGUACGUGCACCUGGUGCGACGGACCCUGGGAUGCGGCCUCUGCGGCCAGAGCUUCGCGGGCGCCUACGACUUGCUCCUGCACCGCCGCAGCCAUCGGCAGAAGCGGGGUUUCCGCUGCCCAGUGUGCGGGAAGCGCUUCUGGGAGGCGGCCCUGCUGAUGCGCCACCAGCGCUGCCACACGGAACAGCGGCCGUACCGAUGUGGCGUGUGCGGCCGAGGCUUCCUGCGCUCCUGGUACCUGCGGCAGCACCGCGUGGUGCACACUGGCGAGCGGGCCUUCAAGUGCGGCGUGUGCGCCAAGCGCUUCGCGCAGUCGUCCAGCCUGGCAGAGCACCGGCGGCUGCACGCUGUGGCCCGGCCCCAGCGCUGCAGCGCCUGUGGCAAGACCUUCCGCUACCGCUCCAACCUGCUGGAGCACCAGCGGCUGCACCUGGGCGAGCGCGCCUACCGCUGUGAGCAUUGCGGCAAGGGCUUCUUCUACCUGAGCUCCGUGCUGCGCCACCAGCGCGCCCAUGAGCCGCCGCGGCCCGAGCUCCGCUGCCCCGCCUGCCUCAAGGCCUUCAAGGAUCCCGGCUACUUCCGUAAGCACCUGGCUGCCCACCAGGGCGGCCGGCCCUUCCGCUGCUCCUCCUGCGGCGAGGGCUUCGCCAACACCUACGGCCUCAAGAAACACCGCCUGGCGCACAAGGCCGAGAACCUCGGGGGGCCUGGAGCGGGGGCGGGCACCUUGGCCGGGAAGGAUGCCUGACCGAGGGGUUCCCAUCCCACUCCCAUCAAAAGCCCCCUUCUGGACUCCCACCUCCCAGGACUGAUCAGACUCUCCCCCCUCCUCGCUGUUGCCCCAUCCUUCAGAACUUCAGACGGACUGGCGACCUUCAGGGCGCACGCCCGACAGGCUCAAGACUGAAUCACUCCCAUCCUCGACCUCUCUGCCCUCCCCUCAUCCCAUCAGACACUGAACCUUAUCCUCCGUCCACCCCUCGUUUGUGACCCGCAUCAGCCCCCGCCCCAGCAGCACUCUGCCCCCAGUAAGUUUUGGCGGAGAUGGGUCUGAACCGCCCCUCCCCCUCCUUUGGAAUCUGGCUGGACAGUGGAGUAUGAGCAGAGUUGGGAGGGCACAAGGGAGUGCUGGGUGCUUUUUGGGGUGGGGGGUGGGGUGGCAGACGCGGCUUGUACAGAGCGGAGAAUAAUAAAUCUUACCAUGAGG